UUUCACCUAAAUGUAAGUCAUCAAUAUAACGGCGCGCGCAGGGAUGAGUUACUUGAACCGAGUUUGGGCGGCGGCGAGCGUGGCCUUAGCCAACAACCACUCCGAUCAGGCGCAGAGACUGAAGCCCGGCCUCAGAUCCCUCAGCCACGGCAAAAAAUGCUUCUCCUCUUCCCCCGCGCCCGAUCUGCGGCCGCUCUCCGGCUCCGAUCUCGGCGGCAUUGCCGGAAGAGGGGAUCGGACCGUGCAGGUCGACGACUCGCUCAGGCAAGUCAUGUACAUGAGCUGUUGGGGACAGGGGUGACGGCGGCGCCGGAGAGAUGGCGAGUUUUCCGGACCGAUCCGAGCGGCAAAUGGAUCAAUUCCUGAACUGUAGGUGGAGCAUGCAGAAACCCAAUUGUAAAGUAAUGUAUAGUGCUGUAUCUAUUCUCAUGUAUGUAUGUAUGUAUGUAUGUAUGUACAUAUGAUGAAAGAUCGUUUAAUGCUUGAAAUCGAGAUGGAUCUUGCGUGCUUCUUUAUCUCCUGCUCAAGUAAUUAAAUAACAUCUGAAAUGAAUUUCCCGUUGAAAUGUUGUCUGUAUCAAUCAAUAUUCCUUUUUGAG